AUGGCUUCUGGCGCCUCUCAAAACGGCAUCACGCUCAGCGGUGACCCCUCGCCUUCGACAACGCCGACAACCUUCAGUCUCCCCCGCGCGCGCAGUCCGCCAACGACACAGAAGGACGUCAUCAAGAUCCCGCGCAUCCUCCCCCACGAGCGCGUCUUCCCAAUCCAGAUCGGCUCCCAGCUCUUCAAGCUCUCGGGGGCCUCCAUAUCCUCCGACGCACCCUCGUACUUCUCCCAAUACUUCUACUGCCAGAUCAAUCGCGCGCAAGAGACGGGCGAAGACUUGUCGACGGCCAUUCGCACGCUCUACAUCGACCGCGAUCCCGAGACCUUUCACGACAUAUCCCUUCACCUCCAGGGCUACCACGUUCAGCCGCGCGACGGCACCCACUUUGUGCGCCUGUUUGCCGACGCCCAGUUCUACAGCUUGCCCAAGCUCAUCUCCCAGCUCUUUGACGAGUCCAUCUUCAUUUCCAUCGGCCACCGCGAGUUCCAGAUCCCGCGCGAGCUCUUCAACGACCCGGGCAACUCUCCCAACUUCUUCACCCUCGGCUUCGCCGUCUUCUUCUCCAACCCGAAAGAUCUCUUCCCUGGUCUCGAGCGCGAGCAUCUCAUCCGGCCCCCCUCGAUCCUGCCGCCUUCGGUGCCCAAUCGCUCGGCCGACAUCUUCGCAGACCUCGUCCACUUCCUCAGCGGCUAUCCCGUCCACAUCCGCAACGAGACGCAUCGCGCCGACCUCCUCCGCGACUGCCGCUACUUCAACUUCAAGGGCCUCGAGCAACGCCUCAUCCCCCACACCCUCUCCUACAACCAGACGCGCGCGCGCCACGAGAUCCUCCUGCGCCUCGAGGACAUACUCAAGAGCGGCAUCUCCAUCACCAACGACCAGGACCCCGAGGACCCCGUGUCGGGCCGCGUCACCUACGCCCGCCCCUUCACCGACCCCCACCCGGCCGACCUCAUCCUCGAGAUUGCCGCCGACGAGGCCACCGUGCUGCACCUGACGCCCGACGGGCCCCGCGUCGAGUUCUUUCGCGACACGCGCUCGCGCGUCGCCCGCCUCUUCGAGGUCCUCGCCACCAAGCUCGACCUGCCGCCGACGACCCAGCCCCUCGGCCUGCUCAUGGCCACCGGCGGCCGCAGCAGCCAGCCGCCGACCCCGGGCCACACGCCGCUGUCCGACGACCUCGUGCGCGUCGCCUUUGAGGACGACGCCGACAUCACCCUCAACGGCAAGGCACACAGCCUGCCGCUGUCGGCCGACGAACACCCGUCGUCGGCUUCCCCGCCCGUGGACGCCGCCACCGAGGACGUCUUCGGCCCGCGCAAGCGACGCCGCGUCGACAGCAAUGGGACAUCCGCCACCGCCGCCGCUGCCGUGGACGACCAGUGGGUCAUCUCGGCGGGCCACUGGCGGCUGCGCAUCCGCGGCGCGCAGGGCGGCAAGAGCGACGUCGAGGCCGUGCUCGUGCCGGUCAAGCUGGAGGCGUAUAGCAGUGAGAGGUCGCGGAAUGCGAAGAGGGGGUUCCUCCGGCGGUGA